AUGCGCACCCACCCAUCAUCUCCACUCGUCCUCGCUUUCGUACUCCUCCUACUCGCCGCCUCUGCGACAUCGCGGGAACAAGAUGACGGUGAUCAACCCGUCCAACAUCCCCCGCCGGCAGACACAUCUGACGCGCAGCUCUCGUGGCCAUCCGCCUUCUGGGCUCUUGUUGCCGUCGCCCUCAGCACCGCACUCCAGCCCUCGGGUCGUAUUGUCGGCUUCCCCUCCUCUUGGAGUCCUGCGCUGAAGUUCUCGCCCGUCUUCUGCAUCAUCAACACCGUCGAGGCUCUCCGCUGCAUCGGUAUUCGCCGCAACCCCGAAUGGACUCUUGUCGUCGCGCCGUACAAGUACGACACGGACGCAGACCCGGCUCACAGUGACGUGGGUGCCUUGCAGCGCAACACUCUCCUUCGCGUCAUUGCCUUCGUCCUGGGUCCUCUGUUGCAGGCGACGAAGCUUUAUGCCUGCAGGGGCAUCUUCUGGAUCCAGCUCUUGGCUACUAUUUAUCUCGCGAGCUUCCUCUGCGACGAGGUUACGCUCUGUCUCCUAUGGCUGACCGGAUCCACCCAGGGCAGGAAUAGUGUCACCGGACUCGUCGAAGCAAUAUCUGGUUCCAUCAGAAGCCCACCUCCGUCAGCUUUUGCGGCAUUCGGCCAUGACAUGACGGGAGAUGCUCGUCCUACGACCCAACAAGAGUUCGCUUUAUUUGUCUCUUACAUGUUCAUCAACUGGUUCGUGCUCACUGUCAUCACGGGAAUAGGCAUCAAGGAGCCUGUUAUCGUGGACAUCGUUGAGUUCCUAAUCUUCCUUGGACUCUACGCGUCAGCCGUCGCAUGUGGCAUCAUUUCUCGCAGAAAAGGCAACACAACGGACCGGAUCUUUUGGGAUGCCAUCUGCGGAGCAUCCGUGCCUUUCUUGAUACAUUCCAACAUUAGUCUCCUUCACAAGAACUGCACCCCAAUGGCAAUCAUUCUAGGAAACGGUCUUAUUGAUUUCCAUGGGAAGCCGACCUCCAAGGCCUGGAUGUGGAAGCUUGUGUGCUGGGCAUCAAUAUUUACGUGUGCCCUCAUGGCACGGAGUAUCUAUCCAGUUGAUCGCCACAUGAUACCGAAGCCGACAUGGCUAUUUCUGUCAUUGUGGGCGAUCACUCAUAUGGGAACCGGACUGCUCAUGUUGAAGUUUUCGCAUGACCCAGCCCAGUCGUAUAAGCCAGCGUGGACAGAUUUCUUGGGAUAA